ACAGAAAUUUGCAAGGUUGACCCCGCUGCAUUCAAAGCUUGGACUUGUUGUUAGAUUUUGUGUGAAGUCUACUUAUGUCGGACAAAGACACUGCAUCAUUGCUCAAAUUCACGGAGAAUGUGCUUCAAGAUUAUCGCAGUCUUAUUUCAGAAACAAAGCGGAGAUUCGUUCCUAUUAAAGAAGCAACUGAAUCACAAAUUCCUAAAUUAAGAGCUAUCAUAAACAGUGACACUGAACUACGAGAAGCCUUACAAGGAACGUGCAGUUCUUUAAUCUCUCCAUUUUUAAAUGGUUGCCUUUCGAAAAACCAGAAGAUAAUAGUGUUGUGUCUAACGGCACUUCAGCGUUUCAUCAAUCAGAGAUGUUUAUCAGAGGAUGCCUCUGAAGCUAUCGUUAGUACACUUUGGCAGCUUGCGGAGUCGAAUAUAGAGGAAUUACGCUUACUCCAAACGACCAUAUUGCUUCUCACUAGCUCAUCCUUGAUACGCGGACCUCAACUUGCGAAAGCCUUCACCAUAUGUUUGAAACUUCAUCUUUCGAAGUCACCUGCCACUGUAAACACAGCAGCAGCAGCUGUUCGCCAAUGUGCAAGUGCUAUUUUUGACCGUGUAUUUAAGGAAGAGUUGAUCAUACAACCUACAGAUUCAAGUAAACAAAAAGCUACACCUGGAGUCGACGAUAUUCUCCCUGUUAACCCUCUGGACUUGAAGUACUCUGAAAGGGAUGCCUAUAUGCUUUUCCAGGAUAUUUGCUUACUGAUAAGUGACGAUACAUGUAUUUGGUUAUGUGGCACAAUACAGAUAAAUAAAGUCCUGGGUUUGGAGCUAGUUGAAUCGCUUAUCUUUUCCUAUCCUAGUUUAUUUUGUCAGCAUCCUGCUUUUGCGUAUUUACUGAAAACGAAUUUAUGCCCGCUAGUGAUAAAAUUAUUUUCUCCAAGUUUAAAAUUACACUUAACUCCAUUGGCUACAUCUGGUGGUGGGGGGAUAACAGAUGUUGCCUCAGCUGCGUUCGCUGCUGCAACGGCUGCAUUAACUAGUGUCAGUGGAGUAGCAUCGUCGUUGUCAUCACUAUCAUCGUCUGGUGUUUCAAAUGACGUGAUGAAUAGUGAAAAACCGAAUUUCGCAUUGUUUGUUCGUUUGAAACGCUUGGUCAUUGUCAUCGUCAAUCAUUACUUCCAUCUUUUGAAUACAGAAUGUGAAAUCUAUCUCUCGUUGCUCAUACGAUUUUUGGAUGUGAAUAAGCUAUUAUGGCAACGUGCGUUGGCAUUAGAAGUUCUAUUUAGAAUUGUGGAACAACCUGAACUAGUUAAGCAUAUUUGUAUUUCAUACGAUAUGAGACAGCAUGCAACAAAAAUAUUUCAUGAGCUUUUAAAUGCUUUCGGACAGUACAUACAAACAUCUUUAGCUAAUCCAUGUCCAGGUGAUGAAUUAUCUAAAGAUAACGCUAAUCAAACACCGAAUCAAACAGUUCAUGUUGGAGGUAUCAAUCAAUCUAUGUUGUAUUAUAAAGGGAGUUAUUUUCCAAUCAACAUACAAUCAAAAGGAAUACUUCUUGAGAUGCUUGAUCGCAAUGAACCACCAAUUUUACCUGAUGGUUAUUGUCUAUCACUGGCUUUAAUAUGUCUACGUAAAACAGUGGACUCAUUAAAGGUCAUCAUCAAUGCUAAUGUUCCUGAAACUGUUAAUCAUGGUGAUGAUGUCAUUAAUAAUAACGAUGAGGAUAAUACUUCAAAAAAAUAUGAUAUUGUGUUUAGCAAACAAAUUGUAUCUAAUUCAUGGUGCAGUAUAUUAUCUACACUCAGCUUAUUACUUGAAUCAAGUGCUGAUCAUCACAUAACAUCAGGUCUUCUUCAGUCUUUGCGAAUUAUGAUUGAAUUAAGUGGAAGGUUACGUUUGGAUGAAUCUCGAGAUGCUUUCUCUUUAACCAUGUGUAGAGCUGCACUGCCGCCUUCAUUUGGACGUUCUUUAUUGGCAACACAUUCUAAAAAUUGUUCAGUAAUAUCUCAGUUAUCUCCUAAUUUUAAUGGUACAAAUAAUCAUGAUGAUAUAUUUGAACGUAGUGGAAUUGCUUUAGUGAUUUCUCAAGGUCCUGGUCAUACCGUUCAUAUUAAUCCACCUACAAAUAUCUCAUCAUCAAAUCAGACUACACCUACUGGACAUGUUCAAAGUGUAUCCGGAUCCACUGGAAAUACAGAUUCUUUGUCAUCUGGAAAUAUACUACUUACUAUUAAACAUUUACAAGCAGCUUCUGCUGUUUUAACAACUGCUCAUGCACACGGUGAUGUUUUAGAUUCAUCAUGGAUUAUAUUUGUAACUACAAUGCAGCACUUAGUUUGGAUGUUGAACUUGAAAAUUGAACCAUCGGCUAAAUUAUUUUUCAAACCUGUUCAAGAAUCAUUCACAACUCAUACAACAAAAGAAAAUGUUAAUUCAUCAAAUGAUACAAUAAAUGAAAAUGCUGAUACUGGAACUACCAGUACUAAUAUUACUACUGGUGUUGCUACUACUACUAAUAAUAAUAAUCAAGUUCCGACACAACAUAUCUCUAUGACAACACUUUUCUCAGUGACAUCUGAAUUAACAUCAUUAUCAUCAAUGCUUACACAAAUUUUUAUUCAGUCCAGCGAUUUGAGUGUAGAUGCUCUACACAAUUUUAUCUCAGCACUUUGCCGUCUUUCAUCAGAUGCAUUAGAAGCAGUGAAAAACAAUCGAGAACCGAGCCAGUUUCCUAUUGCUAAACUAACAGAGAUUGGAUUAGUUAACGUGCAUCGAUUGGAUUUGUGGUGGAAAAUUAUAUCAAAUCAACUGCUAACUGUGUGUAAUUGCACUCACGCCACUCUCCGUCAGCUGUCUUCAAGCUGUUUGACCAGUUUAAUCAGACAAGCGAUUGCUGCUCCACAGAAUCCUCCUUUUUGGCUAAAUGAAGCACUAAAUAUUCAAGUACUUGAUCCAUUAACGGAUUUAUCUGAUCGCAUUAUAUAUGAUGACGUACGAGAAGAACAAUUAAAAUGUGUUCAACAAUUAUUACACUGUUGGGGUGAACAAGUACGAUACAGUUGGCUUAGAUUAAUUAAAAUUAUUGGAGUUAUAAGAGAAAGCUACAAAAUAGAUUUGAUCCAGACAUCAUUUAAAUGCUUCAAGUUGAUUGUUACAGAUUAUUUAUCCACUUUACCGUCGAAUUGUUAUUUAGCAUGUGUUGAAACUGCAGCAAGUUUUGGACAUCAAAAACAAGACUUAAAUAUUGCUUUAUCAGCUAUAGGAUCCUUGCUUCAUUUAGCGGAUUUUUUUAUGGAACAAAAAAAUAUUCCACUUGUAGUAUCAGAUUCAAUUAAUUCUUCAAUUGAUUUAAAAGAAUUAUGGAUUAGUGUAUUUCAUGAAUUGGCUGAUUUGUGCUUAGAUCGUAGACCAGCGGUUCGGAAAUCUGCAUGUCAAACAUUAUUUAAUACAAUUGAAUGUCAUAGCGAACAAUUUGAUGAAGAUACGUGGUCCACUUUGCUAUGGAAAAUAUUGUUCCCUUUGUUAUCGAAGGUGCAUGAUUUAUAUCAAAGUGCACCUGUUGAAAAAGUCGGCGAUAAACCAAAUAGUUUAUUAAUUCAUCAUAGUCGUGAUACUGCAUCAAAACAAUGGGCUGAAACAGUUGUAUUAACUUUAACUGGUGUAUCACAUUGUUUUAUAUCAAAACAAUCUCAUUUAUUAACACUUAGUGAUUUUACAAAGUGUUGGCAAAUAUUACUCGAUUAUUUGAAAGUGACUUCUUAUAUGGAUAGUGGAGAAAUCUCAUUAGCUUCAUUAAAUUGUAUGCAAAUUUUACUUGAUAUACAACUCCCUUCUUAUCCUACACCAUCUUCAUCUACAACACCACUGCCAACAUCAAAAUUGAUUUGGUCUGCCUAUUGGGAAACUUGGUUACAGAUUGGAAAACGAGCGAUAGCGUUUGCUCAGUCUAAUAAUAGUAACAACACUUUUCCACUUACUACAAAUUUAUCUGUAAACUCUUCUGAGUCUCAAUAUAUUAGUGACAACAGUAAUAGUAUUAUAACGAUUAAUGAUAUUGGUGAAAAGAUUUGUUAUCCUCCAUUUAUAUACUUGCCAAGUAUAUCAUUUAUCACAUCAUACUUUGAUUUAUUCAUACCAAUAUUUAAUUAUAUUAAACAAGAUUUUCAUCUGAAAGAUUUCGAUCGAUUAGCUGAAUUAUUACAAAUUGGUGUAUUAAUUCCAUUGUAUAUUAAUUAUUUAUUUCCAACCGUUGCAACUACAACUAUCAUGACUACACUAUUAUCAACAACACCUUCAAUGAUAAUUGAUGAUGGUGCAUUGAAUUCGUUACAAGAGGCUGUAUUACGUUGUUUAAAUUGUCUUGUACAGAAUUUUGGUUCUGAUCAAAAUAAAGACGAAAAUAGUAAUAAUAAGAAUAAUAGUAGCAUAACUAACAAUCGUUCCUCUUCGAUACUUCCACGUGUAUUACAAUUACUGCUCACUAUAGCCGGUUAUGCUGUUCGAAUUCCUAAACCACAUCAUUCGGACAAUCAUCGACUUGAUGUUGUUCCGCUCAAUUAUAUUGUAUUUGCUGAAAAAUCUUUAUUAAUCGCUGUGGAUUUAUAUCAAACAACUGUUACAUGGCCUGAAAUGUGCAGUGUUGAAAUACUUGACUCAAUAAUCGAAACAUUACAUCAACCAAUGGCAUUGAAAUAUGCUUGUCCAUCACAGACUACCUGGUUACUUGCAUGUCGUUGCUUUUUUCAAGUGAUUACUGCUGGUAUUAUUGUAUUGUCAAACAAACCAAUGAUUAUGUCCAAAACUUAUUUCAAUAAAAAAGACUCUAUUCCCUGUAGCGGUGGUGUGAUAUCUUCAAAUCAUGAUUUAUGUAAACAUAUUGUGGACGCUAUUCAAGAUUUUCUUUUUUGUCAAAAUGAACCACCAUCAUCCUUAUCAACUGAAGAGUUUCAACUACACGAAGAAUUAGAUUGUAAAGUUAGUUAACUGUACAAAUAUUUUAUGUUUUUGUUUUCAUUAAAAUAACAGGCUUAUUUACUUACUCUAGGAGGAUUUGUUGUGUUAUUAUUCCUUGUUAAAUAUCUCCAAAUAGAACACCCACCUAUUUAACCUUGGCACUGUGUUAAAUCAGUGACGCGGUAACCAGUACGAACAACCUAGAGUCAACUUUGAGAUUCUGAUUAGUCCUCCAUGAUAGUAGAUUCUCGCCUAACCUUACUCCUUAAGUCCAGAACACAAUCUCAGCUUCCACUGUAUGAAACAUGUGUUUCAGACCUGCGCUGUUUGUAUAUAAGCAAAUCAAACCGUAUCAUACCAUAAAAUGAGAAAAAAGUUAUACAAAAUCAAGCCAAAAGUGUCUGUGAGUGUGAGAGACUGUAACUGAUAAAUUGGAAAUAACUUAAGAAUAGUAAAUCGCGUCAUAGUAGCGGAUAGGUUAUAUAAAAGCUUAUGAUAAAAGGAAUAUAAACAUAUAUAAUCUGGUUAUACAAUAUAUAUAUACAAGUGACUACAUGGUGAGAAUAAACAACAUUUGGUAUGAGGUUAUCAGGAUUUGAUUCUUCUGAAAUAUUUCAUUAGAAAAAUCGGCAUCUAUCAAAACUGCGUCAGGUUUCCGAUCAUGAUUUGAUUCAUUCGACAUAUUUUUAUAAGAAUUUCCAUAAAAAAUAUGUGAAUCAUCAGGACAUCCUUUUUUCUAGUAAAACAACAUGAGAAAUCUGUUAAGAAGUUGAUUCAAUAGAAGCUUUUAUCUCACAAUGUUUUAAAGUUACAUUUGAUACACUUGUAUUCGUUGAGUUGCUCGAAUUCUGAAUAUAAGUCCCUCAUAAGCUUGUUUUGGCUGGAGUUUAGUUUCAAAGUAAUGUAGGAUCAUCAAGGCUUCAUUUACUUCUGGACUACGAGUUUCAAUUACAGAAUCUUCUAUAUCUUAGUUCUCCCGUACUGCCAUUAUGUUAUGUGCAUUUAACACGAUAUCGUUUUGUUGUGAUUGUACCAUUUACUGAUUCUACGCUUUGCUUCGGGCAUAAUUGCUUCUCUACCCAGCACAGGGCAUGUUUCUGAAACAGUCAUUGCUGGACAACUCCGAGGAUCAUGUAUGACUGCCACUGUUUUGUUCAAAUUACUGCUUGUCAAAGAUUCAUGCAGUCAUUUACUGAUGCAUUCAUUCUACUACCAUUUUCCACUUGUGUACGCAAUUUAGAAAUUAAUUUGUCAAUUUCUGUCAUAUCUUCAAAAGGUGGAUGAUUCAACAUCCCCGUGCGUAGUUUCUCCAUAAAUUCCAACUGGUUAUUUUUCAAUAUUAUUAUUUUCAAUAGAAUGUUAAAAUCAGUUGGUACACCAUACAGGUUGUUCUAUUGAUAAAUUUGAACAGAGAAAAAAAUAACAAAAUUUACUACGCAACGUAAAUUCUUUAUACUUCUCAUCAUAUACAAAUAGUCUAAAAUUACAAGGCACAAUAUAAUUUUAAAUAGUUACUUUAAAUAUUUGAUUUAGUACAGUUGAAAUGAAUGUUCAAUGUGGAACAGAAACUAAUCACAUAGAAACAAUACGACACAAGAUAUAUGAUUAAAACAUAGGGUCAAUGCGUAUCAUAUAUUGAAAACUAAUAUUACAUAUUAGGGGAGGUGGUUUUAUAGUUAAUAAUCGUAGUAAUGGAGAAAGAUAUUUUGUAAUCGUAAAAUUGCAUAAUUUAUUUAAUUUUUCUGACAUCUAAAGGGAAGCAAGCGGUAUACCACAUGUUAGAAUCUCUUAUUUUCAAAGAAUUUAUUGUUUUAUUACUUUUGAAGAUCAACACUAUGUGAAUGACUGGGUUAUUAUAUCUCUCUCAGAAAGGAAAGGUUUCUGACUAUCUAUCAAUAUAUAUUUCCCUAAUUUACUAAGCAAAACUUUCAUAAAUAAUUAGAAAAGCCAACAUGAACUUGUUCACAUGUAUUCCAGACUCUGAUCUUAAACAAAAGCUUCUUAAUUCAAAUUCAUUUAGUUAUUGGUUUUCAAUAGCCCUUAACAAAUUGGUUUUGUUGAGAGUACUCCUUUAUGAGCUAUUUCUGUUUCAUGAAUAUGUAACUAACGCUUUAACCAAUCAGAACUUGUUUCUUAUUAUCUACUAUUUAUCAAUUCGUCUCAAGUUUCACUAAGCUUAACCACAUGGUAAACAAGCUUUAUUUUUCUAGUGAGUUAGGAACAAUUAUUUUACAAUUCAUGGUAUAUAACCAUGUAUGAGUUUUGCC